CAGUUGGUUAGCGAACUUCGAAUAAUCAAGAACUACAAAAUAAAAUAAAUGUCUAAAUAAAAAAAAAAUCUUUCAUCAGAAGAAGAGAAAAAAAAGACAUUUCGUGUGUGAUAUUUUAUUUAAAUUCGUUUUGUGUUGUAAAAAAAAUAUUUAAAAAAAAUCAUUUUAAACGAGAACUCAAGUGAAAAAUUGUACCUGUUGCAUUUCAUUUUGUCGAAUUAACUUAAUUUAAUUUAAGUGAAAUUAUUUAUAUUUAUUUAUUGUGUGAAAGAUGGCAAAUAUUGUCGCCUCAAACCACUUAAAUGGAGUGUCAAAUACGUUAACGGCACAUCACAAGUCACCCGUCUACCAGGUUCCGGCAAACAAAGCGACGAAACAAACAACGACGACGACGACGAUGACGACGCCAAGCAUCCAUGUGACAAGCCAUCCAAGUGACUUGUACCACGUCAAAGAUCUAAUUCUGCAAAAUGAGGACCGGGCCAACGAAAUCAAAGAAUAUCUUCGUUCCCUCAUCUUAACCGACGAGAAUAUCAUUGAAAUUGGCGAAGUUUUUGAAAAUGAAGUCCGGAUCGCUCUCAAGGGCGGUUCAUCGUCAUUACAAAUGGAAAAUACUUACAUCCCCGAAUUGCCAAAUGGUACAGAAGCCGGUAGUUUCCUCGCUCUCGACUUGGGUGGCACCAAUUUCCGCGUCAUUUUACUCGAAGUUGCCGGCGGAAAGAUUGUCGAAGAAAUUGUGCAAAAAUACGAGAUCUCUGAAGAGCUCCGUUUGGGUAUCGGCGGCUGUUUGUUUGAUUUCCUCGCAUCAUGCGUCGAAGAUUUUGUUACGAAGCGCGGUAUGGAAAAGCAACCGUUGCCCAUGGGAUUCACAUUUUCUUUUCCCAUGAUUCAACAUAGUCUGAAUUCGGGUUGCCUCAAGUGCUGGACAAAGAGCUUCAAUAUUCAGUCGGUGGUUGGCAAGGAUGUCGUCGCUAUUUUGCAAGAUGCACUUGACGCAAGGGGUUUUGGACAUAUUAAGGUGCUCUGCAUUCUGAAUGACACAACGGGAACACUCGUGCAAGGUGCUAGUAUGGAUAAAAGAGCAAAGCUUGGAAUUAUUUUGGGAACUGGAUCGAAUUGUGCGUAUUUGGAAAGGGCAGAUCGCGUUUCGCAUUGGGAAGGAGAACGACAUGGCGAGAAAAAUGUCAUCAUUGACAUCGAAUGGGGAGCAUUUGGGGAUAAUGGAACGUUGGAUUUUAUCCGCACGAGAUUCGAUCGAGAAGUGGACAAUGCCUCGCUGCAUCAGAGUUUCACAUUCGAAAAAUACAUCAGUGGCAAGUACAUGGGUGAAGUGUGUCGCGUUGUGUUACGUGACUUGAUCGCCGACGGACUUCUUUUGCAACGUGCCCCAAAGAAUCUCUUUCCAACCAGCUGGAACUUUGACACGGCAAAUGUCUCAGCGAUCGAAAAAGACACUGUACAAAGAAGAGCCGAUCCCAAUCACAACAACAGCAACACAAUCGACGUCUUGAGCAAAUUCAACUACGUUUAUUAUCGCGACUAUGACAACGACGACAUCACCAUCAUACAAUAUGUGUGCGAUUUGGUGUCGCAUCGCGCAGCGAAACUCGUAUCCAUUUGCACAGCUAAACUGUUGAAUCGCAUGUCCGAAGACGAUAUUACGAUCGCUCUCGAUGGCUCCUUGUACAAACAUCAUCCACGCUUUAAGAAACUCAUGGAACAAUACAUCGCCGAUCUGACAGAGAAGAAGUUCAAUUUACUGCUCGCUGAAGAUGGAAGUGGCAAAGGAGCUGGUCUCGUCGCUGCCAUCGCUCAACGAAUUCACAACAAAUAUUGAACAAAUUCCUAAAGCAAAAAAAAAAUGAUUUUAGAUUAAAAAUUUCCAUAUCUCUUAAAUGUAAAAAAAUGUAUAAUUUAUAAAAUUCCUUGCGGUCAAUGCUAAAGUGUCGUCUGGAUCUGGAUUGUAAAUUUUAUUAUUGUUAUCAAUUAAAUAAAUUAAGUGACAAAAGAGGCCAGACGCAUAGUCGUGAUACAAAGUAAAAAGUGUCUUAUUAGAGGAUAUUGAUAAGCUAUAUUCUGUAGGUUUUAGAGGCAUUUAUAUUAGAGGCAUAAGUGUAAGGUUGUAAAGAUUGUUAUUUUUAUACGACACUAAGAAUUUGUUAAAAAAUUUAUAGAUUUUAAGAUUGUUGUAAAUAUUUAAGACAAAAAAAAAACUAUUUACGUAAAAGAUAUUUUUAUUGAAAUAUAAAUAAAUUGAAUGAGUAGAAAAACUUA